CCCGAUGACAUCAUUGUGAACGGAUGCUGUUUGGGUGUGAGGGGUUCGUGGGUCGCUCAGUAAAACGCUGCUCUUGUUCUGAAAACCACGAUACUUUCGUUAUGUCAUUGUUAAUGCAGCCUUUUAGGGGCGAAAAAGACCAAUAGAUGUUAAAUGCGGCUCUACUUCAUCGCUACGCGUGAACGCUGUCCGCAGAGAUUAGACGAACAAGCGGUGUUCUUUCUUCCAGCCAAACCUUUUGCACACGAACGCAACACAGGUGAUGGAUACUUCCGACAAAAUUCGUAUUUUAACAAUUAAUGGUUAAAACAAACAAGAUCUGGUGUCUCAUCCGGUGCGUGCUAGCGCAUUGUUGCGUUUUAUAUGGCUUCCAGCAGCAGUGAGACAUAAGGAAGAUUUCACCAGAGAUGGCAGGGAGCGCGUCGGAGCCGAUCUGUCAGCCCAGCGUCUACCACGAAGGGUUUAGAGUGGAGCUGCAGGUGAGGAGACCCCUGAUGCCGGUCCGGCAGAGUCCUGAGCAGGUGGGCCUGGAGAUGCUGUGUCUUUGUGGACAACUGGACCUGCUUAUCAGGGCCCAGAUGCAGCAGUUCCAGGAGCAGCUGGGACAAGGCUGUACACCGGAGGAGUCCGACAGCUUCCAGGCUCAAGGAUCAGAGAUUCUGGACCAGAUGCUUCAGUGCCUUGAACAUCUACCAAAGCCCAUGCCACAGCUGGAGGACUACCUGGACAUGGUGGGUCUGUCUGCCAUGUUCCCUCGGGUCGAGGUGUUUCUGAUUCAAGGCAGUCCUGUCGAUAUGCUGGAGAGGCCACUGAUGGAUGAAUACUUCCUCCAUGUUGCCAAACUGAACCAGCUGCUGGUUCUGAGUCAGCAGCUGGAAGAAGACAUCAGACACCUUGGAAGUCACAAGUACAUAGCCCACCAGCUCUCAGUUUUAUAUCAAGUCAUCAGCUCUUUCAGGGGAAUUCAGGUCUUCUCAGACAUAAAGAAGGAUAUCGAGGCCAACUUCAAACAGAUGAAGCAGUCUCUGGUGGCAGAAGAAGGCUGCCGGCACGAACCUCAGCUGGCAGCUCAUUAUAUCAGCUGGAUAUUAGAAAUAACUCAAAACCUAACAACGGUGGUUUUGUCACUGCCGGAGGAGCUGAUGGAGGACCUUCAUCAGGCAGUCACCUUCAUGUCUCUGCUCCUGUCCUGAGUCAUCUUUCUGAUGAUGUGACUGAUUCCAAAUGAGGUGCUAAACGGUUUGAUCCAACUGUGUAACAGUAGAGUUGGGUUACUUCAUUCACAGCUGAUGUAGAUUUUUAUUUGUGUGUGUGUCAGACUGUGACUCUUGUUAUUGCCUGUGAUCAGUUUGGGACUGGAUCUCACCGUGUCCGGUCCCUCCUUGCACUACUGUCACCACAACUGUAAUUUUCUAACCUAAAGAGAAAUAAUAAACCUGAAUGCAACAUG